AUGACGACGACCAAAAGCAAAGCGUCGAAAGUAUCCUCCUCCGGCGUGUCGAGAACGUUGCACAGCACGCGCAACGCGCGUUCGAAACGGACGAAACAUUUACAUCCAGAGAAGCGAUUGGAUGCGUCGUCGUCGAACGAAGAAGACCAAGGAACGCAUUUGACGGAGGAGGAGGAACGAAGCGAUGAGGAGGACGAUUCUUUCGACGACGACCGAAGAAAAAGGGGUACGAAAAGGAGAAGGAGAAGGAGAACGGAUCGGAAGGGAGGAGGAGGAGGAGGAGUACGCUCGGCGAAGAAGAUUGCGGACGAAUCAGAACUUUUGUUUCCUCUGAGACUCCUUGGGAAAAAGGAGAGAAUGCUUCUUCUGCGUUCACCCGAGACGACGACGACGACAAGAACGGGAGUCAUCAAGAAGGAGAAAACGUCCAUCCGAAAACACGCGGCGGAGAACGUGUAUCGAUUGGUUGCGUGUUGCUUGCAGAGCGGCGAUUUCGAGUUAGCGGCGCGAACGACGGCAGCGUUGUUAGCCAUCAGUCGGAAGCGGAUGUACCGGGAGGAAGAGGCUUUGGAGGACGGAGGACGGAACGAGGACAAUGAAGAAGAGGAGGACGAAGACGAAGAGGCGAAUGAGAGACGGAGGAAGAGAAAGACGUUGAGUUGGCACCAUAAAGUCGAGCGGAAUGAUUGGGAGACGCACAAGAAGCACGAGCGAUUAGCGAUGAAGAGUUGUUUGGAGUUGAUGAGUGGAGGUCGAGGAGGCGAAGAGGAGGAAGAGGAAGAGAGAGACGCGAAGGUGAUUUAUGCGAAUUUAUUGAAAGAGGCGAACGUUGGGGGCGAGAGGCAUCAGGCGAGGUUCGAGAGCGCGUUCGGGGAGUUUUUCCGAGCCGCGAGGAGGAAAGCGAGAGAGGCGAGGGUGAGCACGGAGAAGGCGAAGGCGUUGAGGAAGGCGAAAAGGAAGAAAGCGCUGCCGCACGCUUCCCGGUUUGGCGGGUACGACGAAGAAGAGAAAGAAGAAGAAGAGAAAGAAGAGAAGGAGGACAAUAAGCUAGAAAUAAACCUGGGACCUGAAGUGACAGAGGCCGUGCGGUUACUCGAAGGUCGCGGCGUCAAGAUGUGUAAUUUCUUUCCCAAAGACAAGAAGAAAAAAUUACGUUCCAGCACGCGUUUGCUCACGGAUGCGGCGAUGUUGAAAGUCGCGCUUUGGUUUGAAUCCGUGAAAGACGAGACCGUGCGAAAACACGUGCUACGGCUGGAGAUGUGUCGAUCGCCACUCACGAGUAAAGAGAUAGAAAUGAAAAGAAGAGGUAAAUCGAUUGCGAAAACCCUGGAUGCUAGAGCCGAGAGUGGAGCGUACGGCGACGAUUCGCUACGAACGAGUGCGCUCAUUUCCAUUUCGAGCUUACUCGAGGCCAGGGCGACAAAAAAGAACAACAGCAACAACAACAGCAACAACGAACGACAGGACAUUAAUGCGAAUUUUUCUUCGGCGUCGUCGAGCGACGACGCGAUCAAACUUACCAUAGCUUUCGCGAUGCUCACUUUGGCCAAAAAUCCAGCGAAUUGGCAAGAACCGGAAAUGACUAUGGUCACCGUGGAUGAGCAGUUGAGAAAGCUCGUCGAAGAGUUCCCGAACGAUAAAGACGCGAGAGAGGCUUUGGCGACUUUUUUGAUUCGAGCAUACGCACGCGGGUAUCGAAAAGACCACGCGGAAAGGUCUCGAAAAGGCUUUGCUCCGCCUAAAUCCCGUCCUCUUGACUGCAUGGACGCGCAAAACAUAGCGAGUGCGUGUCUCGCCGCCGUGCGAGUCGACCCGACGUGCGAAAUAUCCACGCGCUUUUUAAUGCAUUGCUGGAAGUACAAUUAUAAAGCGGAGAAUGUGCAACGCAUAGAAGGAAUUGAUUUUUUGGAAGAUGCGUUCGAUGACGACGAUGAAGGAAGUAUCAACGAAGCGGGGGAUAAUUUUAGCGCGAUGGAUACGGCAAGCGUCGCAUACAUCGGAAGCGCGAUUGAUGUAAACGAGUUAUUACACGUCGCGUGCGAACGCGUUGAGUGUUUUCCGAAAGACGAACAGUCUUGGAAAUAUUUGAGCACCGCGCUAGUGGGCGUCGAAACGUGUAUAGGAGAAAACGACGACGCGCACGCGAGGCAAUACGAGAUUAUCUUUCAAAACGUGAGCACGAAUCGCGCGUGGUGGCCGGAACGGAUGUUUGCCAAUCCGAAGGAAAUUACUUUCUCGAACAUCGCGCUUUGCAAAUACAAAGCCGUCGCGGCGUGUAUCGCAUUUCCGUUUGAUGAAAGAUGCAAGCGAUACGUGAGCACCUUUCAAACUUUCCUGACAAAAAAUGCGAAAUCUAGUCCGAAAUUCUCUAGCGUCAGAUCCCUGCUUUCGUUUUUGAAGGAUAGCGUCGAGGUGAAAUACGAACGCUUGCUUACUCCGAAAAACAAAAAAGUUGCGCGAAAACGCGAUCGAGUUACCAAAUCGCACGAAGGAAAGAAUAGGAAAGAAAGUGAAGACGACGAGCUGAAAGACGUAGAAGUAGACGACGCGAUGCUCUAA